AUGUUGAAAGCCAAGUAUAUUGACGUCAAAAACGCGGAUUCUAUCCAAAAGCUCAAGAACAAAUCCGACUAUUCACAAUGGAACUGUGAGGGUUGGAACCCAUGAUGGAGGCUCGGGCCAUGCCCUCGCUAAGCACUGACCAAAGUCCUCGUUAAGCACUGACCAAAGUCCCUGCUUAGCACUGGCCAUUACCCCACUGUCAAACAGGUUUCUACUUUUCCACACUUUCUUGUUUUGUUCUUCUGACAUCAUGUAUUCGUCAUUCAAGUUUCUUGCAAGUUUCUUGGAAUAUUCAGGAAGCUCUUCCUCUCUAUAUAUAGAGGAAGAGCUCGCAUAUAUGUAGUCUUCACGCACUUCUUAAUUGAAUAUUCGAAACCACACCUUUGAGCUAUUCGAGGUCUGGCCUCUCACAGUAGAAGUGCGUCUUCUCUCAUCCAUUUUGGACCAGAGUUCCGUCAGUCAGCCAGUCAGCCAAAGCCCUCACCCACGUUGAGGCCAUUCAGUCAUCAUCAGUCAGUCAGCAAAGCUCUCACACCUGUUAGAGCUAUUCAGCCAGUUAUCACCAUUCAUCAGUUAGUCAACCAGUCAGUCAGCCAAUUAAUCAGUUAGCCAAUUUUAAUGGAUCACCACAUGGAUACCAACCAGCAAUACACUGCUCCCGAGGAGCAAUUCCAACAAUACCAUCCAGCCCAAGAAGAACCUGUUGGAGCAACUCACUUUAAUGCUCAACAAGCACAGCAUACUCAACAACCUCAUGCAAUACAGCAAGAUCUGCCACAAUGGAUGGCACAGUUUGUUCAAUUUAUGUCUCAAUUCAACAGCACCAACAAUCCCUCUGCCCAAACCAGUACCCCCACGACUCCAGUAGUGCAACUCCAGCAAGAGGAAAGCAAGCCUCGUCAUUCACUGUCUCACCCAGACGAGUUUACCAAUAAAAACAACUCUCUUUACCCACAGUUCAAGAGUCUCUUAGAGGCCAAACUACGAAUUGAUGCUAGGGCAAUCGGGAGUGAGGAGGAAAGAGUAUGGUAUGCAUUUGGACGCAUAUCAGAGGAUGUUGCUGGACGGAUCCACCCUUGGAUGCAAUAUGCCCAAAGGACGUCUGCUUUCUCUGUAGAAGGAUUCUUGAAGCAAAUGGACCAGGCCUUUGCUGACCCACAGAGGCAAGCUAAAGCGCUUAGCAAGCUUAACACAGAGCGUCAGGGUCCUCGCGACUUCCGUGUGUUUCUUCAGGAAUUUGAACAGAAUCUGCUUGAAGCGCAAGGUUGGGGCUGGGACGACAACGUCAAGAAAGGGUACCUCAAAGCAGGUCUUAGCCGGGAACUCGAAGGUCAACUGGUUAGCCAAAUCGAACCGAAAACGUACGAGGAAUUCACAGCCUUCAAAUGUCGGAAGUGA